AGAAGCAGGCGAAUCGCGAGACGUAUCGAUUUUAUGAUCGUGUCUCGCGGUUAGUGUGUCCGUUUCCUUAGUUUUUAGUGGCUGUGCAUCCUCCUCUUACAUGGAUAAAAUCGUGAAUGGGAUUAUUUACUAGGUGGAUUUUGCCCUACGCCCAGUGACUCGCGACACGUGAUACAACAUGACCAAGGAUAGAUUAGCGGCCCUCGUCGCGGCUCAGUCGGACGAUGACGACGUGGCGGACGAGGUGUCCGUCAACGUGGGAGGGCAGGAUGAUUUCAUGACCGAGUUCUUCGCCGAGGUGGAGGAAAUUCGUGAAAUGAUAGACAAGAUCCAGACGAAUGUUGAAGAAGUCAAGAAGAAACACAGCGCCAUCCUGUCGGCGCCGCAGACAGAUGAAAAGGUGAAAAUGGAACUCGAAGAUCUGAUGGCUGAUAUAAAGAAAACUGCCAACAAAGUUCGGGCUAAAUUAAAGGUGAUAGAGCAAAACAUCGAGCAGGAAGAACAUACGAACAAAUCGUCGGCAGACCUGAGGAUACGCAAGACGCAACAUUCGACGUUGUCAAGGAAAUUCGUCGAGGUGAUGACUGAAUACAAUCGUACGCAGACCGACUAUCGAGAGCGAUGUAAGGGAAGGAUACAACGGCAGCUUGAAAUCACGGGGAGAACGACGACUAACGAAGAGCUUGAAGAAAUGUUGGAACAAGGAAACCCAGCUGUCUUUACGCAGGGGAUUAUAAUGGAAACGCAACAAGCGAAACAGACGCUGGCAGACAUCGAAGCUCGACACGCUGACAUCAUUAAAUUAGAAAACUCCAUCAGGGAACUCCACGAUAUGUUCAUGGAUAUGGCUAUGUUAGUCGAAAGUCAGGGAGAGAUGAUAGAUCGCAUAGAAUACCACGUGGAACAUGCCGUUGACUACGUUCAGACGGCCACACAGGACACCAAAAAAGCACUCAAGUAUCAAAGCAAAGCUCGACGGAAGAAGAUCAUGAUUAUGAUCUGCCUCGCUAUCCUCGCGGUCAUCGUGGCAACCACCAUCGGUGGAUACUUUGGACUGUGAACAACUGUCAGAAAAAGCAUAGUGCGUCAUAAAUGUUUGAGGAGCUACUGCGUGGAUUGUGUUAUAGUCCAAACAAGAGCGACCGUACAUUUCGGCGAAGAGUGCAUAUCAGUAUCCCAAUAUGCCACCGAGACUGCUGAAAUCAUAAUUAAUACUAAUUUCAUUUCAUUGCUGUUCAUUUUUUCAACCACCCAGUCAUCACAAUGUUAUAGAGGGGUAGAAUUAGCCUAGUGGUAGUAAAGUUUAAUUGAUGAUAUUUUGUAUUGAACGCAGCUUGCAAUAUUCGGUGGGUCAGCAUUUGCGUAUAUUAUAAGUAAUAGAGAAUUAGUUUAUAUAGGGCACCCUUCGUACUAUAAAACAAUGACGAUGAGGCAUCUUUACAGCCGUUACCAUAGACAUCGGUCGAGCUGAUUAACGGCCAGACAAACAUACGUGAAUAGAAGAAAUUACGGGCCGUUAUUUAACAAUGAUGUUUCAGAUUUCAUUUUUCUUCGUGAUAUAACAAUAUACCUCUGUUGAUUCACAUUUAUUCCUCUAACUAUUUCUCUGUCAUAUAAUAUUUUAUUUCUAUACAAUGCAAAGAGCUUGUAUUAAUUAUUAACAUCAUUUUCCUCAGACUUUGAGCGUCCGAUGAUUAUUCUUAUUAUUAUUAGAGACAACCGUCUUGAAAGUUCCGAGGGAUUAUUGAAUCUGAAAUGCAUACACGCCGUUGUUUUAUCGUGCUGGUCACCAUAAAUUAAACCUUUUGCUGCAGCAAUAAUAUUAUAAUAUUAGGUGUUAUGAAUAAUAUUAAUAAAAGAAAAAAAAAAAAAAAAA